CUCUCCAAGCUGGACGCCCUCGCGCACAGUCACGCGCGCACACAAAGCACAGACGGCUAUGGUGAAAGCAGACGCAGGCGGACGUCUGGUGAGCUCGCGCCGCAGAGAGUGAGCGCGUGAGGAGGAGAAGAUGUCUGUGGACGAAGUGUCCGUGUUUCGACCCUUCAAGCUUAUCGCGCUGCUCUGCGUCUUCCUCGCUCUUUGCUUGGACGUGGUCGCUCUCCUGAGCCACUCGUGGGUCACCGCGGACCGGUUCUCUCUGUCCCUGUGGGAGUCCUGCUCCCAGUCCGGGCCGGAUAACUCCGCGGAGGAGGCUCGGUGGAGCUGCUUCUCCACCCUCACAUCUGACUGGCAGAUCGCCACCUUGGUACUGCUGGGGGUCGGCGCAGUUUCAACUCUGGUGGCCUUUUUAGUGGCCCUCAUCUCCUUUUGCAGGGGAAGGCAGAGACAGCAGUAUCGCAUCGUGGCAGUGUUCCUAUUCACUGCAGUGGUCCUGCAGGCCUGCGCCCUGGUCCUCUACCCCAUCAAGUUCAUUGAUGGGACAGUCCUGCAGACCUACCACGAGUUCAACUGGGGGUACGGGCUGGGCUGGGGAGCCACCAUCUUCAUGCUGGGCGGGGGCAUCCUGUUCUGCCUGCGGACGGACAUUUACGAGGAUUCGAUGUACUGAAACGUGACGCCGCCGCCGCUGCUGCUGCUGGACGAGCAUAAACACUCAGAGACUCACUCUGCACGCGUGUGCCGGAGCACAGAGCUUUCCUCCUUAUUUUUAGACAAGUGGUGAAGGCCUUAUUUAGACCUAAGCUGUGUGAGCAAACCCCAACACCACCUCCACCUCCCACACACACACACACACAGCCGUCAGGCUCGCUGAUAAUGGAGGGAGGUGGAAACAACACCAGAGUGCAGAGAGAGUUCUGGAUGGGCCGGAGCUGCUGCUGCUGGAUCUUUCCGCUCACAUGGAUGUUAUUGUUAGAGGGAUCGCUCAGACCUGAAUGUGCAGAGGCUGAAUAAUUCACAGGACUUCUCCACAUUUCCUUUUUUUUUUAUUCUUUUUAUAGAUUUUCACAAAUAUUCGCUUGUUGCUGAUGUAUUUAUGGCACCAUUUUUCCAUUUUAUGACUAUAGAAAACCUGAACUAGUUUCUCUAUUUUAGCUAAAAACACAACUAGAGUUGAAAUUAUCACAGUUUGAUAAAUGCUAUCCAGUGUGUAGACAUGUUGGAAGACUCUGAUUAGUUUGUCUCAUGAAAAUGUAAAUGUGUACAAAGGAUUUCUACAUGAAGGAGAAGUCAGAAUAAAGCACACUUGUGGGAGCAUGAA